UAGUAAGAAACUAUAAAAAUGAAAACUAAAUACUAAAAUCUUAAAACUCCUAGUUCUUGUACUGUUCGAAUGUUUGUGAAUUGUUAUAUUUACUAUUUUACUGCACUAUAAUAAGUUAAAUAAGUUAAAUAAGUUUAUAAAAAUUCUACAAGAUGCGUCCCCCAAUUUUAUUGCUUAAAGAAGGAACUGAAGAUAGCCAAGGCAAAUCUCAACUAUUAUCCAAUAUCACUGCUUGUCAAGCAGUCGUUGAAGCUAUUCGUACAACUCUAGGUCCACGUGGAAUGGACAAGUUGAUUGUUGAUAGUCGAGGUACAGCCACUAUUUCUAAUGAUGGUGCAACAAUCAUGAAAAUAUCGGACAUCAUCCAUCCAGCAGCAAAAAUUCUUGUUGAUAUUGCUAAAUCACAGGAUGCUGAAGUUGGUGAUGGUACUACUAGUGUUGUCCUACUAGCAGGAGAGUUCCUUAAACAAGUGAAACCUUAUGUUGAAGAAGGAGUUCAUCCCAGAAUUAUCAUUAAAGCUUUGCGUAAAGGCUUAAAAAUUGCACAAGACAGAAUUGAUCAAAUUGCUUAUAAAAUGAAAUUUAAUAAUGAUGAAGAAUAUCGUACUUUCCUUCAAAAGUGUGCAGCCACUGCUCUUAAUUCAAAGCUUAUUCAUCAAGAAAAAGAUUUUUUUUCAAAGAUUGCCGUUGAUGCAGUAUUAUUAUUAGAUGAACUAUUGCCAUUAAACAUGAUUGGUAUUAAAAAAGUUCAAGGUGGUGGAUUACAGGAUUCACAACUCAUUACUGGUGUUUCGUUUAAGAAAACAUUUUCAUAUGCUGGUUUUGAAAUGCAGCCUAAACAUUAUAAGACCCCAAAAAUUGCAUUGCUUAAUAUUGAGCUUGAAUUAAAAGCUGAACGUUCUAAUGCUGAAGUGCGAGUAAAUACUGUUGAGGAAUUUCAAAAAGUUGUUGAUACUGAAUGGAAUAUUUUAUACGAGAAACUUGAACAUAUUUAUAAAAGUGGAGCUCAAGUAGUACUGUCUAAACUUCCAAUUGGCGAUGUAGCCACUCAAUACUUUGCUGACAGAGACAUGUUUUGUGCUGGUCGUGUGGUUGAUGAAGAUUUAAAACGUACAAUGAAAGCAUGCGGUGGUGUCAUUGUUGCUACAACUUAUGACUUAAAUGAUUCUGUACUUGGCAAAUGUGAGUCUUUUGAAGAAAAGCAAAUUGGAGGCGAUAGAUUCAAUAUAUUCUCUGGAUGUCCUAAUGCCAAAGCAUGCACUAUUAUUCUACGUGGUGGAGGUGAACAUUUAUUAGACGAAACUGAACGUUCUUUACAUGAUGCUAUUAUGAUUGUCCGAAGAACUGUAAAAAAUGACUCCAUUGUAGCUGGUGGAGGUGCUAUUGAAAUGGAAUUAAGCAAAGUACUUCGUGAUUACUCUAGAUCAAUAGCUGGCAAAGAACAAUUGAUUGUAGCUGCUAUUGCAAAAUCACUGGAAAUCAUUCCAAGACAAUUGUGUGAUAAUGCUGGUUUUGAUGCAACAAAUAUAUUGAACAAAUUACGCCAAAAACAUGCUCAAGGAGGUGAAGCAUUUGGUGUGGAUAUCAAUCGGGAACAUGUUGUAGAUAAUUUUGAAAACUGUGUUUGGGAACCAGUGAUUAUUAAAAAAAAUGCUCUUGCAGCUGCUAUUGAAGCCGCUUGCUUAGUUUUGUCAGUAGAUCAAACUAUUAAAAAUCCCAAGUCAGGUGGUGGUGAAGAACAACAACAGGGACGUGGACGUGGAAGACCUAUGUAACCAUUUGAAGUGUAUUCAAGAGUUAAAUUUAUAAUAAUUAUUAAUACUUUUUUUGUAUAAGUUUUUGUACUUCAUAUGCUUACACACUGAUAACUAAUUUUCCUCCGUGCUUGUUUAAUAAACAAAUAAUUUUCUAUUUAUAUUAAACUUACACAAACAUUCAUAUUUACUAUUGUUAAGUACUAAAAAAAUAAUAAUCAAUUUUUAAUUUUAUUAUGUAGUUGUUUUAAUUAUUUUAUUUUGGCAAAAAAAAAGCUCCUUUUAA